UCUGCCAUGUAAAAAGGUUAGGUUAGGUUAAGUCAUUGUUGCCUUCUUUAUAGGUUUUACAGAUCCGUGAUAUAUUUGUUAUUGACACGUGCACGCGUACAAUUUUUCCAGUUUUUUAUCCCUCGAAAAGAAUUGUCCGAGUUUUUUGCAUUCUAGUCAUCUUUUGGGAGUUAUUAUCGUUAGUUUCUCACAUCCGAUAUUAAUUGUUGGUUAUAGACAUGAAUUCGAAGAAGAUAACUCUGUCAAAGAGUAUAUUGGAAAUGAAGUUCAUGAAGCGAACGAAAGACAAAGUGGAGAAAGAGCAAUUUCAGGAAGAAGGAGAAGAGUACUUCGAUAACAAACUUACAUCGCGCAUGAAGAAAGCAACUGGAAAUUUUCUUAUGGAAUCAAGUUAUGUUUUCUGCGAGAAACUCAAUGAUGGCAGAUUAAGCUUUCAAGGAAUGAAUCCAGCUAUAGAAAAGUUAAUGGAAGAGAAGGAGAAUGCCAAACGAGCUAAAGAAGAAGUGAAAGAAGAAGUUGAUGUAUCAGAUGAGCAAAUGACUGUUCGAUGGAAGAAAAUGCGAGCGAAGUUUGAUAAUAUGAAGAAACGCAGAACGCCAUAUUACAAAUCCAAUGAUGCAGAUGAACCAUCAACGAAGAAAAUAAAAUUCUUAAAACCAGAUGAUUCUACAUAGUAUUAUAUAUAUAUAUAUAUAUAUAUAUAUAUAUAUAUAUA